GUCUGGAGCUGCAACUUUAGUUUCCCGAGAAGCGCGAUGGAGUGCAGAGCUGUUUCAAUUCUUCCCACCUACUCACAAGCCUGCGGUACUUCCCUGCCUCGAAAACCUUCCCUCUGUCGGACCCUCUUCGAUUACGGACCUCUUAACGAUCCAGUAAUUAUACUCAUAACACUAGCUGUGGUUGUGGGAUCAUUUUGCCUGCUCAGCGGGUUUAUUUUGCUCUGUGUGGUCUCGAAAGCCUGGCAGGACGAGACCUCUGAGGCUAUUUUGCUGAUGGCGAUUGGAUUCUUCAUAACUGCCCUAUCUUGUGUGUCCUGGAAAUUGACGAGAGCCCAAAGAAUCACUCAGCUGGUGGACGUCCUCAGCGUUGAGACACAAACGAUCUAAAGUGACAAUACUUCUUUAAACCAUGUUACCAAUUCCAAAGUGCCGGCAAGAUAAGCAAAAAAGUACAAAAAUAAAAACUAGUUUUUAAAAAUGAUA